AUUCGUUGGGUUUCGGUGGUGGUCAGGUUGCGGGUGCCAUCUGCUGUUUGAUCUAGCGAGAGAUCCGUCGGUCGAUUGAAGUGGAUAUUUGUUGAUUUGGUAACCUGGCAAUUUCGGGCGGAAUUUUGAUCUGUGUAACGUCCUACCAGAUCAAUCUGCGCUUGUUUUGACAUUACGUUGGUAGCAGCUUCGCAUUUAUUUGGUCUGCUAUUAGUCGUUGCUUAGUCUAAGGCUAAGUUGAAACGAUCAAUUGAGUCGUGUAUGUACCUGCAUUUUAGUUUUUUUAGCGCAGUUAUUACUUUACAUGAUAUAUUUGUGGUGCGGCUGGUUGAGACGGCGAGUUAAAUAUUCUGUCAAUCGCCAUGGAGAACUUUUUUACUUCGCGGAUGUAUAGACGGGAUGGCCAAUGGCUUGCAAGGUUGGGUACUACCAUCCCAGCGUUGCUGGGUACCAAACCUGGCGGGAGGGGAGAGGAAGGAAAUUAUGCUUGUGUACACACUUCAGGAUGCGGCUUGUGUUUGUGCUUCUAUGUGUAUCUGCAUCGGGGCAAGCUGCGGGUAUGCAUGUCGGCAUGCGCAGGUCAAUGAGAUACGCACAAGUUUAUCAGUCCUAGAUAGACCACAUAAAAAUUACAGCCUCUGAAUUUUCUUGGAUUUAAUGAAUAAUCAAUCUCCUUUUUGUAGAGGCACACCUCACUGUUUGUUAUCCGGUUCUUGCCAUUCGUCCUUUUUGAGUGGUUGGCUCCAUUCUAAUAAACUGUUUCUUUAGUUUCUGGUAUGUUUACAUGGGUUCAUUUUCUGCACUGUAAAUUGGACUGUGGGCACUUUGUAGGCAGUACAGUUCGUGAUCAUGUUAUCUUUUCAUCAUGUAUGAUUUUAUUGAUAUUAUGAACUGAAGAUGGUAAGCUAACAUGAUAUCCAUCAUCGAUCAAUCUACUCAAUGAUUGGAAUGUCAUGCUCCAUGGUUGAGGCUGGGUCUUUUAGUUCUAACCGGAUGUUUGUUUAAGCAUACACUUUCUAGUUUUCUUCCGUCCACAUCUUUCAUUGCAGAUCACACUGUUUCACCUCUUCCUAAAAGAAAAGAGAAUACUCUAUAUUUGCCACUUGAAAGACGUCUAAUAAUAAAAUUCCUUUGAAAAUACAAAAGUUAUAAAUGUCCCUCACAAAACACCUCUUGUAUCAAUGCCACUGUCUUCUAUUUUUAGUUAUUUAUUCACUACAAAAUUAGAUGGACUUGAUCUUUUUACUAAUACAACUGUGCAUUUUUUCUUAACAUUCCAUCGACUGGCCCAUUGCUUGGCCAGCACCCAUGAUUGGCCUGCUGCCUACACUAAUGGAAGCCAGCCACUUCAUGGACGGAAUACAAAGGGAAGCUCAAAUAAUGAGCUUGAUAGAUCACCCUAAUGUUAUCAGGGCUUAUUGCUCAUUUGUCGUGGAGCACAGCCUUUGGGUGAUAAUGCCAUUCAUGACAGAAGGAUCGUGUCUACACUUAAUGAAGAUUGCAUACCCUGAUGGUUUCGAGGAGCCUGUCAUUGGCUCCAUUCUAAAGGAAACACUUAAGGCUCUGGAUUACCUUCACAGGCAAGGUCAAAUCCAUCGUGAUGUCAAGGCUGGUAAUAUCCUUAUUGAUAAUGCUGGUGUUGUGAAGCUUGGGGACUUUGGUGUUUCUGCUUGCAUGUUUGAUAGAGGUGAUAGGCAGAGAUCUAGGAAUACGUUUGUGGGAACACCAUGCUGGAUGGCUCCAGAAGUGCUCCAGCCUGGCACUGGAUAUAAUUUCAAGGCCGACAUAUGGUCAUUUGGAAUCACUGCACUUGAACUAGCACAUGGCCAUGCUCCAUUUUCAAAAUACCCCCCUAUGAAGGUUCUUCUCAUGACCCUCCAGAAUGCACCACCUGGUCUUGACUAUGAUCGUGACAGAAGAUUCUCAAAGUCAUUUAAAGAGAUGGUUGCAAUGUGUUUGGUCAAAGAUCAAACAAAGAGGCCAACAGCUGAGAAGUUGCUGAAGCAUUCAUUUUUCAAAAAUGCAAAGCCUCCAGAAUUGACUAUGAAGAGUAUCUUAACUGAUUUGCCUCCUCUCUGGGACCGUGUAAAGGCUCUCCAGCUUAAAGAUGCAGCACAGUUGGCUUUGAAGAAGAUGCCUUCUUCUGAACAGGAAGCGCUCUCUCUGAGUGAAUACCAACGAGGUGUUAGUGCGUGGAACUUUGACAUCGAGGAUCUCAAGGCUCAAGCAUCACUGAUUCGUGAUGAUGAGCCACCAGAAAUAAAAGAAGAUGAUGACAGUGCAAGAAACAUUGAAGUUGAAAAGGAGUCACCUUCUAGGAACCAUUUAGGAAAGUCAUCAUCUGCAAAUGAAAAAAGCUCCAGGGAGCAAACCUUUGGUACCAAAGUAAAUUCAGAUGGAAAAGACCCUAGUACAAAUGAAGCUUUUGAUUUUGAUGUUAGCGACGCCGACUGUAAAAGGACGACUGAUGGAUAUGAAAACAACAGAAUAGAGAAUGAUUCACUGCCCUCUACAUCAAAACAGGAUCCGGAGUUGAAUCGUUGGACAAGUGAUGUUGGGCAGAGACAACAGACUUCUGGUGGGAACAAUAGCUCAACAGCUGAAAGGGGCCACGGUUUCGAGAGGCUUGACAGGGAUGCAGCUGUUCAAAUGAUAUCUCACAAACAAAGAAGUGAUAUGAGAAAAACAGCAAAUCUUAGUGGUCCACUGUCACUGCCAACUCGUGCUUCUGCAAAUAGUCUUUCAGCUCCUAUUCGAUCUUCAGGAGGUUAUGUAGAUUCAUUAGGCAACAAGUCAAAACAAAAUGUGGAGAUUAAAGGCCGCUUUUCCGUGACAUCUGAGAAUAUCGAUCUUGCAAAGGUCCAGGAAGUUCCAGUCAGUAGUCUCUCUCUCAGGUCACCAAAGGGCUCACUGCUAAGAAAAUCUGCUAGUGUUGGUGAUCGCUUGAUCCAUGCUAAGCCGAUGUGUAACAGUAAUCAACUGAAGGAGCUCUGCAAUAGCUCAGUAUCAUCGUCGAUUCUAAUUCCCCACCUGGAGAACCUUGUGCAGCAGACGAUGUUUCAGCAGGACCUGAUCAUGAACCUACUAAGUAGCUUGCAACAGAAUGAGAAAGUUGAUGGAGCACAGCCUGGAAUAUCUUCUCAAGCUCGAACUUUGGAGAGUGAUAAAGUGGCUGAUACAGCUAACCCUGAGAAGGAACGAUCAUUACUUGUUAGAAUUUCAGAAUUACAGUCUAGGAUGAUAACACUGACUGACGAACUAAUUGCAGCUAAGCUAAAACAUGUUCAGUUGCAGCAAGAGCUAAAUGCAUUGUAUUGCCGAGAAGAAAUCGAAGACAUUAGGGAUGAGGACAACGAAGAAACAUAACACCAGGAGGAUCCAUGCGAUAUGAGUUACCUGCCUUGGCUAUUACAUUGAGGUUUGGUUAAAUGCUUUUGGCAAGGAGUUUUAACAAGAAAUUGAUGAACCAUCUGGGCUGCUGAGUCAGGAAUAUAUGCCGGGUCCACAGAGAAUAGCUCUUACAGCUGCUCUAUGGAAUUUGCUCUUUGAAGGUUGUCAUGCCCUUGGCCUGCUGCCAUCAGUGUGUAUAUCAGUUUUUCUUUUAAUUACCUCUCUUCUCUUAGUUCAACAUAGUUUUGGUGGUCACAAGAUUGCGGCGUGGUGCAUUCUACUAUUUUGGCCUUACCUAUCAUUGAAAUAGCUGUGAUUAUGUAGUUCGUAGGGUACCCGUUGGUCUCCAUGCAGAAUAGCAGAAGAUUGCGUAAUAAAAUGUAUUUUAUCUAGCAAUAGGAUGUAUAUUUCUUAUUGGUGCAUUCGUUGAGACUUGCUCCAUGCAUGGCUAUUUGCAAACCUCCAAACCGAGUUGUUUGCAUAUCUAAUAAAGAGUACCUGUAUACUA